UUGACUUUCCCAAAACCCUAGUUUCAGUACUUCUCAGACCCUCCGAUGUAGCUCUCGCCGCUUCAGACGCAGAUCUAGGUUGGCAGGCAAAUCUCGGCGUUGCUCAAAGUUCUGGCGUUCAGAUCUCCUUCGCCGGGCUUUGAAUUACACUUGAGUGUAGCAGUGAGCGCGUUUAUGUUCCGCCUGAUUCUACAUAUUAUUGGUAAGCAGACUUGUUUCACUAGUUUAAUGUUCAUGGAUUUGUAUUUUGUAACGUGUUUCUCACCAUCCAAUACUGUAAUAUCAUGAUGUUGGAGUUGUUAAUCUAGAAAUUCCUUUCUAAAUUUUCAUUGAAAUGAUGAUAUUUGAGCCUUACACUUCAAUUAUGUAGAAAUAUACAUUCAUUUAGCUUCUUUCCUUCAUACGUUAUGAAUAUGACUGUUAGUGCCUGCAAUUAUUGUUCUUCAAAGUACAUUCACUUUAAAUUGUGCAGCCAUAUCAAUUCUUUUUUUCUCCUGUAAUUUAAAAUUUGAUUAUUUGAAGAAAAUAUAAAUAUUAAAUGCAUAGUAUUUCAUUUAAUUUUCCUUUAGGUUAGCGAUUGACUUUUAUGGCACUUUUAAUAAAAGGGCGAGUACUUUUAUGGCACUUGGAAUAUUUUGGUUUUGUUCAUGUGUUUUUGCAUUUUCUGCUGAGGUAGUUGUGUUAGGUUCUCAAGAAGACAUGGAAUUUGAGAAUUUUGCAAUCAGUGCAUAAUUAUUUUCUUUGUUUUCCUCGUUCAGUCAUUCUUGAGUAUGUUGCUUUUCUUAUUCUUGAUCAUAGCAUGGUGGUUCUGUCAUCACAUGGAACAAUGAAUUUCUUAAUUUCAUGAUGAAAGGCUAGGGAUGGUAUUUUGAUUGUUUUAAAGCUGAGGAUAAAUAAUAAGUUUCUUGUUGCUUAAACAAAAAUGAAUCCAGUGUUAACCGAUUGUUUCGUGAAACACACUUUUUUGUCAAUGUUCAGUAACGAGUGGUUAUGCAAGUACUUAAAAAAUAGAAGUUGUGGAAUUAGUAUAAUAAAAAUAAGCGGCUCAAUUAAAAUUAUUUCGACUAACAACCAUCAUUGGCUUAUUUGUAAAACGUUAAUUGAAAAUUUAUUCCAUAAUUUAAUAUAGGACACUGGGAGGAGAAAUUUUCUGGUUUCUUUUUAAAAAGAAAGAGCGUUUUAAGUUGAUAAAUGGAGAUGGAAAUGUUAAUAUCGCUAGGUUAUUGGAUAAAUAUUUGAAAUUAUGCAAGAGUCUAAAUCACAUGAUGAAAUUUUGUGUCUAGGACUCAAAGGUGUUUCCCUAUGAUGGAACCCAAAAGAAAGAUGAUAAAAAAAUAAAAGUAAAGGCUAGUUAUUUCUGUUUUCGUUCAGGAAUUUAGACUCAAACCCAAAAAAGAAAGAUAAUAUAAUAAUAAAAAGGAAAGCAAAGAUUAUAUAUUUCCGUUCUCGUUCAGGGAUUUAGCCUCCGGUUAGCCACGAAAUCUUUUAUGAUUAUUUUAUUAAAAAAUGAAAAUAAGAAGGCCAUUUAAGUUGUAUGUAAACCUCACGCCACGCUCUGAAAACACCAGUAUAUGUAUAACACCGCCUUUGGCCCUGUAACGUAGCCUCGGAUCCCAAUAACCGUCCUGUUGAUAAGCACAAAUCUCUCUGUAACUUGAAUUAGCGGCAGCGACUGUAGCGAUGGCAAGCACAGAGCCCGAUCACAGAGAAGAGGAGGAUGCCCCUGCCGCCGAGGAUGAAGACACGGGAGCACAGAUUGCCCCGAUUGUCAAGCUCGACGAGGUCGCCGUUAGCACUGGCGAGGAGGAUGAAGAUCCUAUUCUCGAUAUCAAAGCAAAGUUAUAUAGAUUUGAUAAGGAUGGGAACCAGUGGAAGGAGAGAGGCGCUGGCACUGUUAAGUUCUUGAAACACAAGGAGACCGGAAAGGUCCGCCUCGUUAUGCGCCAAUCCAAGACUCUCAAGAUCUGUGCCAAUCAUCUCGUUUUGCCUAACAUGACCGUGCAAGAACACGCUGGUAACGAGAAGUCGUGUGUUUGGCAUGCAACUGAUUUCGCCGAAGGUGAAUUGAAGAAAGAGCUAUUCUGCAUCCGAUUCGGAUCUAUUGAGAAUUGCAAAACAUUUAUGGGAACAUUUGAAGAGGUUGCUGAGUCACAGAAAAAGAAUGAGGAAAAUAAGGAUGCUACUGCUACUGCUGGGCUCUUGGAAAAGUUGAGUGUUGAAGAAAAGAGAAAUGAGGUAAAAAAGGGCAAGGAGGCAACUGCUGCUGAUAGUGAGGAGAAGGAAACUAAGUGUGUUGCACCUAAGGAUGACAGUGAUGCCGAGACUAAGCCAGAGAAGAAAGACUAGCCUGCGACUUGAGACGAUUAUUGGCAAUGUGGCAAAGUCAGACAAGUUCCUCGCCCAUUUUUUCAUGCCUUUACUCAAGCGAAUCUUUGGGCUGGGAUAGUAUUGGUCUAUGUAUCCUUAAGUUUGAGUCUCUUCUAAACAUUUUAUUAAUCUUUGGUUGCGUUUUCAAGUGGAGGGUUGUGAUUUUAUGGUUUGGGUACUUUUGAGAGUUCAUUUAGGCCUCGCACAAAAAAUUUAUAAUUGCGUUGUAAGGUGUGGUCAUAUUGGGCGGCAUGUUAAAGUGGGAGAGAAGUCCUGGCUUUAUGGAGUCUCGUGAAUUUGUACUGUAUGUUAUGUUGACCAGAAGUUUGCUUGCGGGCCUGCGGCCACUUAAGAUUAUUGAUGAGAUUAAAGAGGCGUUUGCUAGAGGCAAGCCUGAAAUAUCUUUAGGACGCA